UCCUGGCACUCCCCUUCUCAUAAACCCUAACCAAACCCCACGCUCUUCAAUCCUUCAAUUUCUCCCUUUCUCACCACACCUCUUUCAUUUCUUAGGAAAACGAAAAAUAAUGGGCAGCCUCUUUUUGAUCAGGCGAUCUUCACCAUCAUCUAAUGGACUCGCUCUCACUGUGCUCGGCCAUUUCUUAUGGCGAAAAUCAAGUGUUUCCUCUAAUGUUAUCCUUUCUCCGCAAAUCCAGCCGUAUGCCACUGAAUCCACUCAGCCCAGGCCUUCGCCGGCAUUUGGGCUGACGAGAGGUUUCCAUUCGAGCUUGGCUAUGCGGGCCGGGUUUGCCGUGGCCGAUUAUUCUGAUGCCGAGGAGAAAAAGGCCUUUGCAAGCGGAUCUUCGGAUCAAGGGCUUGAGAUAUCGAAGCUUGGGAUUUCACAGGAGAUUAUAUCGGCGUUGGCGAGUAGGGGAAUCCAGCGGCUCUUCCCAAUACAGAAGGCAGUUUUGGAACCGGCCAUGCAGGGACGCGACAUGAUUGGACGAGCAAGAACUGGAACAGGGAAGACCCUCGCUUUUGGGAUUCCUAUCAUGGAUAAAAUCAUUAAGUUCAAUGACAAAAACGGUCAGGGCAGAGACCCUUUAGCACUUAUUCUUGCUCCUACCAGAGAGCUUGCUAAACAGGUGGACAUAGAAUUUGCCGAGUCUGCCAAGAAGUUAGAUACUCUAUGUGUUUAUGGGGGUGUUCCCAUAGCCCGCCAAAUGAGUACUCUUGACCGUGGUGUUGAUGUGGUUGUCGGGACCCCUGGCCGUGUCAUUGAUUUGAUCAAGCGCGGGGCCCUGAAUUUGUCAAAAGUGCAAUAUGUUGUCCUUGAUGAGGCUGAUCAGAUGCUUAAUGUGGGAUUUGCUGAUGAUGUCGAGACUAUCUUGGGAUAUAUUACACAGAAGCAUCAGACGAUGAUGUUUUCAGCUACAAUGCCAAACUGGAUACAAAAACUUACUCAGAAAUUCUUGAGAAAUCCAGUUACCAUCGAUCUUGUGGGUGAAUCUGAUCAGAAAUUAGCUGAUGGGAUUUCGUUGUAUUCAAUUGCAUCGGAGUCGAGAGAGAAACCAGCAAUACUUGGUCCUCUGAUAACUGAGCAUGGCAAAGGAGGUAAAUGUAUUGUAUUUACUCAAACAAAGCGUGAUGCUGAUCGAUUGGCGUAUACAAUGCAAAAGCACUUUAAAUGUGAACCACUGCAUGGUGAUAUAUCACAGAACCAAAGGGAGAGAACUCUAUCUUCUUUCCGGGAUGGCCGAUUCAAUGUCUUAGUGGCAACUGAUGUGGCCGCCCGAGGUCUUGACGUGCCAAACGUUGAUCUGGUGAUACAUUAUGAACUUCCAAAUUCCUCGGAAAUUUUUGUCCAUCGAUCUGGACGAACAGGUCGUGCUGGGAAGAAAGGUACCGCAAUUCUUAUGUAUUCAACCCACGAACAUCGGGACGUUAAAGGAAUCGAACGUGAUGUAGGAUGCCGAUUCAAUGAGCUCCCGAGGAUAGCUGUUGAACCCGGGUCCUUGGACAUGUAUGGUGGCAUUGGAGGGGGUGGUCGAUUUGGUUCUGGUGGAAGGAUGGGAGGUGGCCGUUUUGGUGAUUCCGGUUUUGGACGUUCGGGUGGUUUUGGGCGCUCGGGUGGAUUUGGUGAUUCUGGAUUUGGACGCUCGGGUGGUUAUGGAGGUUCAGGUGGUGGUAGGUCGGGUGGUUAUGGCGGUCAAUAUGGGGGCCGCAGCUCGGGUGAUGGUGGGUAUGGAGAGCAGGGUUAUAGCCGGUCGGGAGGGUUUGGUUCGGGCCUGGGUGGGCCCGCUAGGAACAGUGGAUUUGGAGGUGGAGGUCGAUCGAGUGGAUUUGGCACUGGUGGUCGCUCGAGUGGUUUUGGGGUUUUUGGUUCUGGUGGAUUUGGUAGUUCACAGUCUGGUCAAAGUUCCCAUUCAACUCGCCGUGCCGGUUUUGGUGAUGACAGUAAGCGUGACAAAAGGAGUUCGGGGACAGAAUUUGAUUUCUGAAGCUAGUGUAGGUGAUUUUUAUUUUACACCUUUCUAUGGAAUUGCUUGCUUUGUAUUAUUAAUAAUGUUGAAGUGCAGUUGUGACAACUUAUUUAUGUUCGUUCUUAACACCACUUGUCUAUUGAUUUUCUGCAAUGUUUCUUCGGCAAUUANAAUC